AUGCUGUGCACUUGGACGCUGAGACCAGGGGUCCGGAGCGCGCACCGUGCUCUGAGGGCGAGUGGUUUGCCCUGCAUUGCCCGGAGACAACUGAUGGGGUUCGUGCGGAAUGCGCUCGGGUUGGAACCGCCACCGUCUCCGAUGGACCCUACCCCUGAGAACAGGUUCCACCCGUGGGACCAGUCCCCAGUGGACGCUUUACGGGAGCGUGCUGCCCGGAUCAAGACGCUGGCGAAGUGCCCCGUCACGGGGCUCAACGUAGAGUAUACGUGUCCGCUAUCGGGGAUCCCGACGCACCACUCGCGUGAAGCGUGGGAGCAGGACACACAGUACCAUGCGACGAAACGGUACGAGACUUUGAAGAAAGUGAACAUCUACGAGCACGACCUCCGCAGUGGGAGACCUUUCCCGGAGUUCGACUUCCCGCAGGAGCAAGGGUACGACAAAGUGGUCAACAUGACCAACUGGGAUCUUUUCUUCUACACGAGAGGGUUCUACUCCAUGGACACAGAGUUCCAACUUGCCGCGGUCACUAAGAUGCUCAGCUACCCUGUCACGAUUGCGUCGUUGCUCGCGCAGUUCUCCCCUUACUCGCUCAACCCGAAGGGUCCCAUCACUCUGGAGGGGCUCAAGUCGCUUGCCGCAGUACGAUAUACUUUGUACUCGCAGAGUUUUAAUAACUCGGCAAGAGCUGGUGGGGUCACUACGGGUGGAGCUCUAAAGAACAGACCCAUGAGAUUGUUCGUUUUGGGGGCCCGUGCGGAGGCACAGCUUCCAGGGCACGUCUGGAAACAACUCUCGUACUUAUUCCCUGAACAGUCCUUCGAGAUGGUGUUCAUAGGACCAGAAUCCUACUACGAUAGGGCGCGGGGGCAGUACGUGCGGUCUCCGACUCCGGUCGUCGAGAAAGUCGACGAGACGCUUAAGUUUAUCCACUACACGGACUACUUCCACGUGCUACACGAGUCCCAGGACUUCUUCCCCUACGACCCGUACUUCGACUGCUUUUUCACGUUCCACCCAGGGUUUGCGUCUCCGGAGAACAGGGACACAUGGCUCUCAAACACGCUGCCGGCUCUACUGGACACGAAAUGUGCCAUCUUCACUACUGGGUUCGACAGGGACGAUCUCAUGAACGACGUGGCACUGCUCAACGAGAAAUUCGGCUCAGAGAUGGACAUCCUCAUGGAACCAACGAAGAACGUCUUCGGAAGCACCAAGUGGGAACUCAACGACCUCAACCCACACGAAGUGUACCAGUUUAACAUGUACAUCGCAGGAUUCAGAGGGAAGAGAUACCACACCAUUAAACGCUGA